AUGCCAGCCGGAGCGCCUCUUGCUUCGAAGUGGGCAGACGACACAGAAGCAGUGGCGACGGCUGUGAAACAGGAUAAAAAGCUAGCAGGCAAGGGGUUUUCGGGCGAGCCAGCGUCUCGCGAGAGCCGCAGUCGGGAGAGCGCCAACACCCAGUUUUCUGACUCUGUGGAGGAAGUGAGCGACGACUCGGACUGGGAGACUGUCCCUGUGUCGAAGGGCGCGCUUUCCAAGAGUGCUCAGAGACUGUUGCCAGCAAAAUGCUCGGCAGAGAUUCACAAGACCACAGCGAAGCAAGAAGAGCAACAACCUCAAGGAGUCGCGCAUAGAGCCAAAGAGCACUCAGGGGGUAAACCAACUAGGCUCAGGGAGAGCCGGAGGGAGCCUCAAAAGUCGGCCAACUCGCUGCUCUCGCGGAUAGAUCCUGAAUGGAAGGCGCCGCGGUUGCAGAGCCGAUAUGCCGACCCAGAGCCCCUAGAACGCUCCCGCGAGGGUAAGUCGAAACCUCGACGGGACCGCGCGCAUAAAAAAGACAACUCUACGGCUCGGACCGCACGAAGCAGGAAAGCUGCCUCGCAAGAAGCUUCGCCCGACCCGUCGCUGAUCCAGAAGAAGAACGCCCUCGAAUUCGAGAAAAAGCUCGAGCAGUUCAAACUGGGAUCGUCCACAGGCGACUGGGCAGACGACUUUGAGUGGUACUGA